AUGGGGAAGGCGGCCGCGCUGUGCAGCGGCGGCACCCGCGGGCUGGUCUCCAUCCUCAGCGCCGUCCCGUGCCUGGCCUGCAAGAACCCGCCGGGCCCCGCCGGGCCAGCCAUGAGCGGGGGCAGCGAGCCGGGCCAGGCGGGCAGGGGCGGCGGGGCCGGGCUGGGGGUCCCGGCCGCCUCCGCCGGGCCCGGCUCCGACACCUACAAGGGCUGGCUCUUCAAAUGGACCAACUACCUGAAGGGCUACCAGCGCCGCUGGUUCGUGCUCAGCAACGGGCUGCUCAGCUACUACAGGACACAGGCCGAAAUGGCUCACACCUGUCGCGGAACCAUCAACCUGUCAACAGCGCACAUCGAUACGGAGGACUCCUGUAACAUCGUACUCUCCAGUGGGGGAAGGACAUACCAUCUAAAGGCAAGCUGCGAAGUGGAGAGGCAACGAUGGGUCACUGCUUUGGAGCUGGCCAAAGCAAAAGCUAUCCGUAUGAGGAACAGCCAGUCAGAUGACUCGGGUGAUGAGGAACCAGCCUCGCAGUCUGACAAGAGCGAGUUGCACAGCACUCUGAAAAGCCUCGCCAGUAAGCUGGAGGAUCUAAGCACGUGCAAUGACCUUAUUGCCAAGCACGGGGCAGCUCUCCAGAGGUCCCUGAGUGAGCUGGAGAACCUGAAGCUGCCUGCCGAGAGCGGGGAGAAGAUCAAAGCCGUCAAUGAGCGAGCCACCCUCUUCCGGAUCACCUCCAAUGCUAUGAUCAAUGCUUGCCGCGACUUCCUGGAGUUAGCCGAGAGCCACAGUCGGAAAUGGCAGCGGGCACUACAGUAUGAGCGGGAGCAGAGGAUCCGCCUGGAGGAGACCAUUGAGCAGUUAGCCAAACAGCACAACAGCUUGGAACGGGCCUGCCGGGGAGCCCCCGGCCUGUCCUCGAGCGCCACAGCAGUCAGCAGCACUUCCAAGGGGAGUGUGCAGCCUGCCAAAGGGGAAGCCAGUGAUGAAGAUGAGGAGACAGAGUAUUUUGAUGCCAUGGAGGAUGCACCAGCUUUUAUCACAGUAACCGCAGACCCCAAACAUCACAGGCGUUCUGGCAGUAACCUGAGCGGGGCCAGCGAGGGACACCCUGAGGACUGGAACCUGGAGGACAAUGUCUUUGAGAGCGCAAAUCAAACUGGCUACAAUGAAUCAACGUGCAAAGAUGUCCUGCCGAAGAAGAGGAGACGAACACGCAUUCCAGACAAACCCAACUACAGCCUUAACCUCUGGAGCAUAAUGAAAAACUGCAUUGGCAAAGAACUGUCCAAGAUCCCUAUGCCUGUAAACUUCAACGAGCCGCUUUCCAUGCUGCAGAGGCUGACCGAGGACCUGGAAUACCACGAGCUGCUGGACAAAGCCGUGAAGUGCGAGAGCUCCACAGAGCAGAUGUGUUUCGUUGCUGCAUUUUCAGUGUCUUCCUACUCGACGACUGUGCACCGCACUGCAAAGCCGUUCAACCCCCUGCUGGGGGAAACCUACGAACUUGACCGGCUAGAUGAGCUUGGCUUCCGAUCGCUCUGCGAGCAGGUGAGCCAUCACCCACCAGCUGCGGCCCAUCAUGUGUAUUCCAAGCAAGGCUGGACGCUGUGGCAGGAAAUCACAAUUGCCAGCAAGUUCAGGGGCAAAUACCUCUCUAUCAUGCCACUGGGUGCCAUCCAUCUAGAAUUUCACUCCAGCGGGAACCACUACGUCUGGAGGAAGGUCACCUCCACCGUUCACAACAUCAUUGUGGGCAAGCUCUGGAUCGACCAGUCUGGUGACAUAGAGAUUGUGAACCACAAGUCAAAAGAUAAAUGCCAGCUGAAAUUUACGCCCUACAGCUAUUUCUCCAGAGAUGUCCCCCGAAAGGUGACGGGCGUGGUAACGGACGCUGAUGGGAAGGCGCAUUACGUCAUGUCUGGCACGUGGGACGAAAAUAUGGAGUGCUCCAAGAUCACGCAAAGCAGCCAUGCCAGCACCAGCUCGGAGGGCAAGCAAAAGACCGUCUACCAGACGCUGGCCCCAAAGGUCCUGUGGAAGAAAUAUCCUCUCCCGGAGAAUGCCGAGAACAUGUAUUUCUUCUCUGACCUGGCCCUGACCCUGAACGAGCCUGAGGAACGAGUGGCCCCCACAGACAGCAGGCUGAGGCCUGACCAGCGGCUCAUGGAGAAUGGCAAGUGGGAUGAGGCCAAUGUGGAGAAGCAGAGGCUGGAGGAGAAGCAAAGGGCCGUCCGUCGCAGGCGGGAGGCGGAAGCCGUGGAGGCCUUGGAGGAAGGCAAAGACUACGAAGGCUACAUCCCGCUGUGGUUUGAGAGGAAGGUGGAUCCCCUGACAGGGGAGCUGAUCUGUGUUUACAAGGGUGGAUACUGGGAAGCCAAGGAGAAACAGGACUGGGAUCUGUGCCCUGAUAUCUUCUGAACUGUUCCUCCCACACCAGGCUGGCAGGCCACGGGAUAGGAGGAGGAGGAACACCUGGGACGCAUCGGGCAGCGUCCUCUCUUUAUGUCACAGCGCACAGAAACACACACAGAGUAAAUAAAUACAGAAAUUUAAAAGAAAAUAAAUCAAAACAGGGAUUCCAAACCUAUUUUUUUAUGCACUAAUAAAAUAGCAUUCAGUGUUUUUUUAACGGUGGCG